GUUUAUUUGGCUAGCAAAACCUAGGUUUAUCUAUAAAUAAUUGGCUAGGUCUAGCUACUUCUACAUGUGUACAUGUUCUAAAAGUGAAAUAAAGGCCUCACGUAUUAUUUAGUAAAAAACUAAAAUGUAUAUUACUGUACUAUUUAUAGUGUUAGUAAACAUAUAUUUUUUUAUUUAAAAAAAACCCGUUUUAACCUUAGAUUUUGUGUUGUGUUUGAACUACUUUUCCUUCUGGAUUUUGCAAAGAUACAGUCUAGUGUUCAUUAUAGUGUAAGCUGAGUAAAAAAUAAUUGCUUUCGUCAUGUUCGUAUUCUUUCUCUUUGCAAACAGACUGACAAAUAAAAACAUUACAAGCCAUGAAAAGACUUGAUUGUGCCCUCCCCCGCACUAAAAUUAACCAAAUGAUUUUUCUUGUUUUUACAGUAGGCCUAAAACAAAUUUGCUACAACUACAAGAUGUCUUCUACAAAUACAAGUACAAGCAUAAGGUUUUACCCAGGCCUUGACAUAGCAUUGCUGAAGGAGGUUGCUGCCAUAAAUCCGUAUGGGAAAGAGAAAAAUGCCAAAGAAUGGGACUCAAUUGUAUAUAACGUCAACUCCACUCUUAAAAACGGGAAAACAGUCACACCCAGAGGUUGUAAGGACAGAAUGAAAACCUUACUGAAGGCACACCGAAAAGCAGAAAUGCAGUCCUUAAAAGCGUAAGGAACGUUUUACUUCAACCUUGCAUUAGGGCCUACUUUGAAAUCACAUUGAUGUUUUUGGUUGGAAUUUGUAAACAAAAAUUGUUUACACCAUCUUUUACCCAUCUAUAUGGGUCAAACCAAAAUUAAUAUCCAUCUUUUUCACUAAAAAAGCAUAAUAAAACAUUAACCACACAGCAUAGGAAAGCAGCGAACGUUGCCAGGACUUUUUCGGUGGGGGGAUUGCUUUUUAUGGGAGGGGGCAGUGGAACUGGUUUGUGUGGUGGGGGUCAGGCUUUUAUUUUGGAAGGGGGACUCUACAGCGGGCCCCCAUCCUCUUAUAUUCUUGGCAUUUUGUGGUCGCAUUAGCAAACACAAUCGUUUACUAGAUUAGAUUAUACAAACACCCAUUUUCCUCAUUUUCUCUUUCUAAAAGUUGAUUCAAUAAUAAAUCAAUACAAUAAAAUAAUCACCUGUUUUAACAGUUCUCUAUAUGUUUUUUAGUUCAGGCACAGAGGAAGAGUUCACUGAGCGUGAUGCACUCCUGACAGAAGUAAAUGAAUUGUGCACUGAAGCAGCGAAAGUGAAGGAGGGGAAAAAAGAGGCUCUAGAAGAUGAAAAGAAGAAAGAGGAGCAGGGAAAAGACAUCAGGGAAGCCGCAAUGCAGUCUCUCAAAAGAUCUGGAGAAAACACCGAUGGUGGCGCCUUGAAGCGGUCUAAAAAAUCUGGAGCUCGGGCAAGUCUUUCUGAGUAUUUGGAGGUGCUAAGGGAGAAAAAUGCUAAAGAAGCUGAUUUGAAAUUGGAGCAGUUGCGCUUGGAUCGCGACAGAUUUAAUCUAGAAAGGCAAGAAAGAGAACAACGAAUGGAAAGAGAUGCUGCAACAAUGGAGAUACUAAAAAAUUUAAUUGUGGGCACAAAGAACCAAUCAGCCACAAAAACAUCUAAAAAUUGAACAAUCAUUUAUAGAUUGUUGAUAUUUACAUUUUACAAUCACAAUAUUUUAUGUUAUAUAACACCCAAGCAGAUCCUUGCCAUU